UAAACAGAAAAUUUUCAUCAGAUCGUGUUUUUUUUUGUCAUCUCGAUGGUGGGGGCCACUACAUCGAGUUGAGGCUGCGGGGAGGACUCUUUGUAGAGCGUAUAGGAGUAUACUAGAGAAAAACAGCAAAUAUGGCCUCUGCUGCGAGCAGCUUGCCGCCGGAGGCGGUGUCCGACGCCGGGAUUGUGUUGAUAAAGAUGCGAAACCUGGUGUACUCCACAAGAAGUAUCGGGUACCGCGCGAUCCGGCACGCUAUCGCGAAGACGAGGGGGGCCGAGUUUCUGACCGUGAAAGAAGCCGACGAGUGCUUCCGCAGCGCCUCGGUGUUUUUGGACAACCGGGAGUUGUGCACGCUGUCCCGAAAGUACGGCGACGGUUCCUUUGUGGACAAGAAGCUUUCCCUGGGAACGGAAUUCUGUGGCGACCUGAUCCCGACCGAGAUCAGCAGCGCCCCAAGAAGAGGCUUGGUGCAGAACGUGUGGAAGAGCUGCUGUGCGGCGUUCGGUAGCGACCAAAUCGACCUGCUCGACUUCGUGGAGGCCACAAACCCCGGCGCUUUCCCGCACGUGAAGGCGGGGCGCGUCUCGCACGAGGAGUGCAAACAGCUACUGCUGUCGGAGCUCGAGGACCUCAUGCUCAUGCUCGGAAAGUCAGCGGUAUUUUCGUCUUCUGGAUCAUUUAUUAUCAUGGAUGGUAGGCCUAGGCGUAGGAGAGAGCACUUACAAAAGACAACUCAGGUCACUUUCAAAUCCGAUUCUAUUUGCUUUCGACUAAGUAGUAGAACCUGGGGACUAGGUUACUUACUGUGUAAAAAUCAUUGGCAAUGAUGAACUAAUAUCAAGGUGGACGCGGAAGUGUUCAUGCAGUAUGGCACGGAAGUCUCGUCGCUGUGCGCGCUCGAUGGACAGUUUCAGAACGUGAUGGGCAUGUUUUCGAAGAAAACAGCUUUGAAAGACGACACGCUCGACCGACAGCUCGCGUUGGUGGACCUCUUCGUCAGGAAAUUCAACGAGAUGAAGGACCACCGAGCAGUAUUUAUGCUGUUUCACUACUACGACCCGGCCGGCAGAAUGGCGCUGGACUACCCGUCCUUCGAAGCGAUGUGCAUCGGAAUCGGCGUCAACAUCACACCGGCCGAGAAAAGACUUAUCUUCGACUUCUUCGGACCCACUGGAGUUAUAGUGGUAUGAAGUUUACUAGUUAGUUUUGCUUUUUUUUCUGUGCACAGCUUUUUCCAUGAAUGCUAGGCACGCUACAGGUCAGCAUUUACUAGAUCUGGAUCGUGCUGCCUGUUGGAACAGGUAUUUUAUCGUUUCAAAAUAAAACAAACACAUAAUUUUUCUGCAGAGCGGUCCGUUUUUGCGAUACAUCUUCUACUGCAUGGAGUAUGCAAGCGUCGAACUUGGCAGACCUGCGGACUACGCUGAGAUUAGGGCCAGCGGACCCGCGGCACACGAUCCCGACGCGGAACCACGGGAGCUGUGUGCCAAGAUCCGAAAUCACCUGAUUAAAUUCCAUCCGCGGGGGCUGUCAGUGGUACAAUGUCGUUGUCGCCUACUUUUGAAAAGUAAACAUGACAGUUUUAAUAUUACCACGUUCCACUUCCAGCUGGAAAAGGAAAGGAUAAGAAAGAAGUUUUGUCACGUUACAGGAAAAAUAAAUCUCGGCUCUUGAUGAUUCUAUCACCUUCUCAGGCCUUCAACAUUAUGCACACGUUGAACCGAGUUGGAAGCAAGAUUGACAAGCGGGAGUUUCAGUGGGGCCUGGACGUUUGCGGCCUUCGCCUAGGUACCGCGGAAGCGGACUACCUGGAGUACUUUUUUUCGUCCGGCACGCCACAGGUCGACAAAGAAGAAUGGCUCGACUACUUGCGCGGCGAUCUCGUCGCCUACGAAGAACUGAAAGCGGAAGCAAAAAAGAGAAUAGACCAGGUAGAGCGUUUGAUAAUUUAGGACGUACUUCUACUUUACUUCUUUUGUAGUUUGAUGAAAAACUGCAAGUGAGCAACGAUUGCGUCGUGAAAGAAAACUUGUACUUCUUCGCUCAUCCAGAUUUUGCAACAGGUAGCAAAUAAUGCGUGCUUACGUCUUGGAAGAUUUGGGGAAUUUGCAAACUGUCUCUAGGUGUGCCCCGGCGAAAAUGAGUACCACAAUGAGGACUACAAGAUGAAGAAGUGGGAGCCCGCUUUUGGGGGCAGCAGCUUCGUGGCGGCGCAAUUUAUUCUCGAUCAGUACUGCGUGGACCACCAUCCGAUGGUUGACGACGUCGGUCCGGAGAAGCUGCGGAAAGAGUUCUUCGACUACCUCGGCGAAUCCCUGGCCAUCGGCCGGGCGGCAAAAGCCAAGGUGGUCAAAUACCUGUGUGACGAGGGGCUGCAACACGACAGGCAGAAGUGGCGCAAGUACUUGUACACGUGUCUGCCCUCCUAUGGAAGUGUCAGAAUCGAAAUUGACAAAAUCGAAAUAAUUUGUCAUGCAUAA